CUGCCUCCGGGGCGCUGCGGGCGACUCUGCGCGCCCCGGCGCGGCGCUCGGACUCCAGGCCAGCCGGGCUGCGGCCGCGCACAAAGGACCGUGGACAGCGGGCUCCGGGGGCUGCGCCCAGAGAGCGGCCCGGGGACGGCCAGCCACGCCGCGUCUCCUGCACGCCUCCGCUCCCCGGCGGCUGGAGCGGGAGCCGGAGCGGGCCCCGUCAUAUGACAGCGGCGACAGCGGCGGGCUAGCGCUCUUGCUGCCGGCUCCGCUGCGCCACGGCCGCGGGCGCCGGCGGUGGCCCGCACCGAGCCCGGCUGAGUGUUCGCCUGUCGCCGCCGCCCCGCGCCCCCCGCGCCCAGGCUUUCGGGCUCCGGGGGCAGGAGCCGAGGGGAGCCCCACGCCGGCGCCGAGCCUAAAAUGGCCACGCUGCUCCGCAAAAUCGGGCUGAUCCGCCUGCACAACCGGGACACCGAGGACCCCAAGCACCAUCACAACCACCGCGGCGGCGGCGGCCAGCAAAGCGCGUCGCUGCGCGGCAAGGGCGGCGCCAAGAGCGGCGGCCACAAGCAGCAGCAGCACCCCCCCGGGGGCGCUGGCGACGCCAGCCCCGGGUCGGGCAAGGGCAAGGGCAAGCGCGCGCCGGAGCUGGCCCCGCGCGACAAGCCGCCACAGCCGGCAGCGGGGGCUGCGGGGGCAGCGGGCUCCGGGGGUCCCCGGGAGCGGGCGGCGGGCGCCAGGGCGGGGCCCGGCCCGGCGGGGGCGGCCGGCGGCAGCCUGGUGCCCGCGGCGCGCCAGCAGCACUGCGCGCAGGUGCGCAGCCGGCGGCUCAUGAAGGAGCUGCAGGACAUCGCGCGCCUCAGUGACCGCUUCAUCUCCGUGGAGCUGGUGGACGACAGCCUCUUCGACUGGAACGUGAAGCUGCACCAGGUGGACAAAGACUCGGUGCUGUGGCAGGACAUGAAGGAGACCAACACCGAGUUCAUCCUGCUCAACCUCACCUUCCCCGACAACUUCCCCUUCUCGCCGCCCUUCAUGCGGGUGCUCAGCCCGCGCCUGGAGAACGGCUACGUGCUGGACGGCGGCGCCAUCUGCAUGGAGCUGCUCACGCCGCGCGGCUGGUCCAGCGCCUACACCGUGGAGGCCGUCAUGCGCCAGUUCGCCGCCAGCCUGGUCAAGGGCCAGGGUCGGAUCUGUAGAAAAGCGGGAAAAUCAAAAAAGUCCUUCAGUCGCAAGGAAGCAGAAGCCACCUUUAAGAGUUUGGUGAAGACGCAUGAAAAGUACGGCUGGGUCACCCCGCCCGUCUCUGACGGCUGACGUUUGCGCCGCGAAUCAGACGCUUAAGCCGCCUCUCCACACACACGGACACCCACCAUCUCCUCCUCGACGCUGAGCAGCCCCCAUCCUUUUUUACUCCAGCCGGAACGGAAUCCUGAGCGCCCAGAGACGUUUUAAGUUAUUUAUGAACAGAUGUGUUUACAGAGAGAGAGACAGAGGGAGCAGACACUGUUCGGGAUUAAGUUUCGAUCAUAAAUGAAUGAUCAUCUCUCGGUCACUUUAGAACAGAUGUUGAGAUGGUGACACUUCCCAGCCCACCUGCCCCUCCGCCCCCGGUCACAUUGCCCUUGGCUUCUUUCCAUGACAGCAGCUCCAAAGAGCAGGCAGGAAACCAGAGGCCGGCGGCCCGCUGGCCCCUUUUCCGUGUCGGUGACGCGGUUCAUCCUCCAAGGAGCCCUGUCACCGCUAGAUGUGUGCUGUGCUCUGUAUCUGUUUCUCUCCCUGGCAGGGCAUCGUCACUUGAAGACGUGUCUUUCUGUGGCCCCAUGUGACAACAUGUAGACCUCAUUUGUGCUAGAUGACCUUUGGCUCACGAAAACAAAAAUGUAAUAUUGCCAGGUUCUAGUGAUUCCCAACAACAACUGCCCUCUUGGUUCCAAUGUGCUCUCGGUGCCGAGGGGGUGGCGUGCGUCUGUCCACCGAGGGUCACGCGCCCUCACAGGAGAGGCGGGGUGCUGUGGCCACAUGGGGGCGCCCGACGCUGCCAUCGCCAGGUGCGUGCGCGCUCCCUGGGGCUCAGCGCCACAGCUGGUGAGAUGCGGACAGUGUCUUCCCACAUCCUGAGAUGCUCCUCGGACAGCGCGAUUCUGUUCCUGUCUUCUCCCGGCUGGUCAGCCCACCACCAAAUGCAAAAGACAGUUUUCCAUUCACUGAAGUCAUCUGACUCAUUUGAUCAUGUGUGCUAGUGACAGGGAAUGCCAGAACUGCCAAAGGAAACCAAGUGAUCGUCCAAUGAUUUGCAUGACCGGGUUUAUCUUCACCCCGUAGUCACUUGUGUGUCCCCCGAGGCCGGGAUGCGUGAGCUCCCUCGCUGAGAUCUAAAGUCCCUGUUAUUUAAUCUCCCCACAGUUUCAUUUCUCUCUUCUGUUAAGUUACUUAGAACUUUCUAAGAAACUCCAUGAAAUGAGGAAAUACUGUUUAUAAUAAUAUGCCGGACGAGGAAAAGUGUUCAUCCAAGUGGAAAAUCUUACUGGACACAUUUUAAAUAAAAUCAUGCAUACCUGACAUACUGAGUCGAGAAU